CUUAUUUGUGUGUGUGCUAUCUCCCUUUGCUGCCCUUCUUGCAAGGGCACGUCUAUCGCAGAGCUUGCGGUUUCAUUUUCUUCUUUUUUUUCCAACGCUUUUUUUGUUGAUGGCCAUCCCUGCGAGCUUGUAAAAAGAGCUGUCCUUUGCUCAGAAGAAACUUGUCGGCGCUGGUCGUCUUUAUAAACAUAGAUCUAGUAGACUUUAUAGACAAUCCUCCUGAUUUGCGGCGCUGGAUCGACGUAAAACCCUUAAAGUUGCAAAUCCUUUUAGAAAAACAGAACCUCGUGUGGUUGCAUUAAAGAAAAAACCCCCUCAGUCUUUCCUCAGAAAAUCCACCUUAUACCAGUAGUUUCACUCGAUCUAUCAUGGCAUUGCUGCGAGCGACUUUGCGCAGCCUGUUCCUCCUGGUCGUACUAUUUUCGGCAAGUCUGGUUGGUGUCGUUGGGCAGCGGGCUACGGUAGUAGUACCCAGUGCAACCGUACCAAUACUGCAACCAAGACCACCGACGUCCGCACCAUCGGCAGACCCACCAAGGUUACCACCCGCUCCUCCCUCCAGUGAGGUUGAAGACCCUGUUCCGAGCGCAACUCCAGUAGUCGUAGCACCUCGACCCCCAGUUCCUUCCGUUGUUCGACCGCCGCCGGCAAUUAGUAGCAAUCGAGAGCUUCCAGCACCUAGUCCUGCUCCUAUCCAGAGCGCUCCCUCAAGUCGACUGCCUGUGCCAACCCUACCGCGAACUCUCCCAACGCCUACUGCAACUGCCACGUCCACUCCAACUGAUGGCGUGCAAGAUGAUCAGACUGUUACUCGAGGUAGUGGUGGUAUGCCAAAAGCUCUCAAAUCUACUCUCAUUAUCGGCGGCUCCAUGGUGGGCUUCGUGGCACUCUGUGGCUUGAGCGUGCUGGGUUACCACAAGGUUAUCAAAAAGGAAUCUGAUGACGAUGACCUCCCAUUGACAAAGAGACUAACGGGGACUUUCAACCGGGUGUUCCACAAUUCUCCCAAUAAUCAUCCUGAUAAUGGAAUGGGACCCUAUGGGAAGCUCGGCGACACAAAGAGCCAACCGCCCCCGCCAUUGUAUGCCGCAUAUCCAACGGUGGGACGGAAAGCAGGACCUGGAUAUAUAGAAGAGGAUGUCAAACCGCCGUACGCCACAUACCAACCAGAGUACGGUAUCUCCCAACCACCUCCAUCGAGCCAAGCGUAUAGUCAGCCGUAUGGGUAUGAGGGAGGAUGGCAACCGGCUACGACAAUAGCCUAUGCCCCAACUAAUGCCAGAUAUCCUCCACCACCUGCCCAGCCGAGGUAUGGUGCACCGCCAACUCAAGCGCGAUAUCCAUCGCCACCCAACGGGUUUGGGCCACAGUGAUGGACAAUGACUUGUAUGAUGUGAAUAGAGAUGAUAGGCUUUUGCAUUAAGCUAAAAAGUGAGCAUUUUAUAUAGACCUGUGUAUGUGGUUGAUAGCGAGAAUAUUAGACAUGACCUUUAAUUGCA